CCCUCCCCCCUGCCAGGGCCGCCUCCGUCCUCUGCAGGUCCCAACCCUGCACUCCGGCCCCCGCUAGCGGGCACUGCGACUGGGGACAGCGGCCCGGGAGGACGGUUCCAGGAUGGAAAUGCAGCUCUUGCAGUUGGUGGCCUGUUUGGUCCUUGGGACCCUGCAUUCAGAGGGGUCCACUGGGAGACUGAUGGGUGUGGAUCCUGAAGCAAACAUGAAUGUGACUGAAAUUAUCUCUUACUGGGGAUUCCCUGCUGAGGAACACUUAGUUGAGACAGAAGAUGGAUAUAUUCUGUGCCUUCACCGAAUCCCUCAUGGGAGGAAGAACCAUUCUGACAAAGGUCCCAAACCAGUUGUCUUUCUGCAGCAUGGCUUGCUGGCAGAUGCCAGUAACUGGGUCACAAACCUUGCCAAUAGCAGCCUGGGCUUCAUUCUUGCCGAUGCUGGUUUCGAUGUGUGGAUGGGGAACAGCAGGGGAAACACCUGGUCUCGGAAACAUAAGACCCUCUCCGUAGACCAAGAUGAGUUCUGGGCUUUCAGUUAUGACGAGAUGGCAAAAUAUGACCUACCAGCCUCAGUUAACUUCAUUCUGAAUAAAACUGGCCAAAAACAAGUGUUUUACGUGGGUCAUUCUCAAGGCACCACUAUAGGUUUUAUAGCAUUUUCACAGAUCCCUGAGCUGGCCAAAAGGAUUAAAAUGUAUUUUGCCCUGGCUCCCGUGGUUUCAGUCGAGUUCUGUGCUAGCCCUCUAGCCAAAUUAGGACGAUUUCCAGAUCUUCUCUUUAAGGACAUAUUUGGGGACAAAGCAUUUUUUCCCCAGAAUUGGGUUUUGAAGUGGCUGGGCACCCAUGUGUGCACUCAUGUCAUUAUGAAGGAGCUUUGUGGAAAUCUCCUUUUCAUUCUGUGUGGAUUUAAUGAGAGAAAUUUAAAUAUGUCUAGAGUGGAUGUGUAUACAACACACUGUCCUGCUGGAACUUCUGUGCAAAACAUGCUACACUGGAGCCAGACUGUUAAAUCCCAAAAGUUUCAGGCCUAUGACUGGGGAAGCAGUGCCAAGAAUUAUUUUCAUUACAACCAGACUUACCCACCCACAUAUAAUGUGAAAGACAUGCUUGUGCCAACUGCCGUCUGGAGUGGAGGUCGGGACAGGCUUGCAGACGACAACGACAUCAAUGUCUUACUGACCCAGAUCACCAACUUGGUGUACCACGAGCGCAUUCCUGAGUGGGAGCAUCUCGACUUUAUCUGGGGCUUGGAUGCUCCUUGGCGGAUGUAUAAUGAAAUUAUUGCUUUAAUGAAGAAAUAUCAGUGAAAGUCAGACUUGAAAAAUGUACCAUCAAAUCAAUGAUCAAGUCAUGUGAAAUGCAUUUGCUUGCUUUCUGUAAAAUACUUGUUUUCCUUUCCCAGAUCUUAUGUAUUUUUAUAUCCAAGAAUAUUAUAACUUUGAAGAUGCCUACUUCUUUCUAAUUAGGAUUUGAAACACACUAGCUAUUUUUUUGUUUGUUUGUUUAAUUAUGGCUGAAUACGAGCUAGUGUCUCAACCAUAGUGCUGCUUUUCUAAACCAUCAUCACUGACUAAAAAGGUCACUAUAACCAUUCUGUUUAUUCUUACAAUUUAAAAUAUACUGUAGUGACUUUUAUCCCCACAUGGGGCAAACUAACACUUGUUGAAAUUUUUAAACUGUGUUGUUCAGUGGUUAAUAAUCUGUCACUAACUUGAGCUCAGUAUAAAAGUACUCAGUUUCCAUCGCCCUGCCUUGAAGGGCUCUCCAGUCUAAUCAUCUUGUAUUUAGGGAUCUAAAUCACACUUUUUCGUGUUUUCAGGCUGUAGGUGCAUAGUCAAAUCUGGUAAUAUCCCAGCUAUGCCAGUAAUGAAGAUUCCGUAAUGAAUUUUAUCAAACCUAACUGUGGUAACUGUUAUUUAGCAAAUGUUGAAAUUGCUCAGGCCAAGCAAAAUAAUUUGCUAGAGUCUUCAAAAACAAAUUGCACUGAUUAUAAAAAAGUUUUAAAUAGCUUGAAGACUGACACACUGAAUGUCUAAUUAAUUAGUGUACUCUCUAAUUAAUUAAUGUACUCUCUGAACCAGCUGCUAUAGCUCAGUGAUGACGGUCAUGUGACGCCAGAGUCCUGGGGUCGUCCAUGAGGUGUCCUAGUUCAUUUUCACUCGAAUGAAAUGUGAACGUGAAUGUUUUCAUGUUAAAGUUCAGCUCAGGGAGUUGUUUGGUUUUUUAGUUUUAUAUAUGCCUGCUUUGCAUCCCUGUCAGGAAGCCCAUACACAUGUGCUUUUCUUGCAGUGUUGUUUCCUUACAAUACUGUCAAACGGACAGAAUGACAAUUGAUACGUUUUUCUAUAUAUUUACUUUAGCUGUGAUAACAAUACUUGGUACUGAUUAAUAUAUGCAGGCAGAAAAAAUGUUAUUUUGUAACAUAUA